GGCCCAGUUAUUUUUGGAUUUUUUUAUAAAAUAAUAAACAUUAUACUUUUUGAUUUACCUACUUUAAUUGCUAAUCAAUUAUAAGGUUUAUGUCUUUUUUAAAUUAUUUAUGAGUUUCUAUCCCGACUGAACAACGCCAUGGUCACGUGGUACCUGAGACAAUUGUCAGCGCUGUUGUCACCACACCCAGUAGCUUACGCACACAUUUUAUUUAAUCAUUAUUAUUUUUGUAUUUGUGUUUUGUUCGAUAUAUUUUUUUUAUUUUGUAUGCUGCAACGAUUAUUGUUUAAAAUAUUAAAGGUUUUAAUAUUAUAUGCUUAGUGUCUACCUCAAUUAAUGAUCCUUCUGAGCAGCCAAGCGCCCUCUCUCGGAAGACUACCUAGGUGCUUCAAAAUUUCCGCCAAUGUAGCUUCCUUAACGGACAGAAAGCCAUCUUUCCUCCUGUAGUCGGUGUAACCGAACUCUCCUGACGUUUUGACAACCGUGGAAAAAGAUGUCACAUUACAACACCCGCAAAAAACGCAACUUGGAAAGUGUAGAGGGUGAAUGUGAAGCUCCAGCGAAAACAAUGAAGCCAAUAAAGCAAGAAAUGUUGAUGUGGCAGAACAGAGUAGACGUAUUACAAGAAAAGGUGAAUGAGUUGGAAGCCUUGAACACCGAGCUUCGGCAACAAGUAGUGGAGCUUUCAGCACAGAAAGUUGAUCCAAUUCCUGGUACAUCAGUGGCACAUGAAGAAACUGGUGCUGUUGACCUAUCUAGUGAUGCGAACACAUCAACUGAUGUGGAGUCAUCAGUCACAGAAGAAUCAUGUGAUGAAUCCUUUUCAAGUUCAAGUUCAGAGACUCAUCAGAGAAGAAAAACAAAGAAAAGCAAGAAGAAAGCAGAGAGCAGGAAACACAAGAAGAACAAGAAGAAGGGGAAAAAAGAUAAACAUGACAAGAUAAAACGAGCCAACAAUGUUCGUGAUGUCAUAAGGCGUUAUAAAAGGCUUUUGAAGCUGACAAAACGUGGAGCAACCAUGACAAAAGCAUUCCGAAAAGAAGGUGUGUCUCGGAAUGCAGUUGCCCAGCUCGCUCCCAUCGCAGAACUGUAUUUUGCUGACAGAGCACAAUUUAACAGCAUCACCUUCACUCCAGGAAAACUAGCGGAGUUUGCACAAAAGUGCAAAGAACACAUUAUAGGAGAUGUUCUAAGAAAGGUCCUAUCAAUGAAAGCGAAAGGUUCACUUUUGCCUUUUUGUCUAAAUAAGUGAUCUGUUAAAAAGCUUCUUAGCUAUGUUCGCUGUUUACUAUAAGUAUGUUUAAAAAGUAGAUAUCAUUAACAGUUAGUAUUAAUAACAUUGUUUGAACUGAAGGGAACAUAUUCUUACAAACCCUUUUUGUCAUUCUAGGCAGACCUUUUUGUUUCCAUGUUUGAUCCUCUCUCUAACCUGUUUUUUCAUGAGUCCACAUGAGUAUUCUCAUAUCUUUUGAUUUAAAAAUGUACACAUCACCAUUUCAUUGGAUGUUAUCCUUUUUGACAAGGUCAUUAAAAGGAGUUGAUUGGACAAACAAA